GCCGACUGCAGGUAGAACGCCAAUAACAUGGUGCCUCGGCGACUUGUCUGUUUACGCCAAGGAACGGGAACGGAGAGUUGCUGAAAAAAACCCCGAUUUCAGUUUGUUUGUUUUGUUUUGUAAACCGCGUGAAGCUAUUUUAGAGCGUUUUAUUUUUCGUUUGAUUUCACAUUUUUCUGGUUAUGGGAUUGCUUGAGUACUGAUGUGUCACUUGUCCCAAUGGAAAGGGGGCUUCGCUUUGGCAACGUGGGCAUAUCCCUUGUGCUGUUGUUGAUGCUGAGAGCUGUGAGUGUGAGCGCCGUACACUUUAACUCUCUGUCCCGGACAGAGCUGAAGACAGCGGACACGGUGAUGGAGCACGGGCUGGAGAGCAGCAUCGGGGACGCCACGGUGGAGGAUGAUGAGAACACUUCGACGGGAGAGAGUGAGGAGCCUGCCGGAGACAACGACACGAACGUCCACCAACACGGCAGAAGCUUGGUGAUCAUUAGCACUCUGGAUGGGCAGAUUGCGGCUCUGGAUCCUCUGAAUCAUGGGCGAAAGCAGUGGGAAUUGGACGUGGGCUCUGGCUGCCUGCUGUCUUCCAGCUUCAGCAAACCAGAGGUGUCUGGGAAUAAGAUGUUCAUCCCGUCUCUGGAUGGAGCUUUGUUUCAGUGGAACAGAGACAGGGAGCGCAUGGAGGCUGUCCCUUUUAGUGUGGAAUCCCUGCUCGAGUCUUCUUACCGUGUUGGAGAGGACACUGUGCUGGUUGGAGGAAAAUCGCUUACUACCUAUGGUCUGGGAAUCUACACCGGCAAGCUGAAGUAUAUCUGUUCAGCUGUGGGCUGCAGUCAUUGGGGAGAGGAGGAGACCGAGCCAGAGGACAUGCUGCUACUGCAGAGAACACAGAAAACCGUCAGAGCUGUGACCCCUCGCAGCGGCUUUGAGAAGUGGAACUUCAGUGUGGGAAACUUUCAGCUAAAGUUUGUUCCAGAGACUGAGACACAGCUCAGCUCCUUGGAAGGGGAAACAGGCAACAAGGAGACGUGGCAUGAAAUGCAACAUGACUGGCAACGUGUGAUCCUGGAGGACGCAGAAGCACAUAGUCAAAACCAUGCUAACGCACACCUACAGACAGAAGGCAUAGACCUGGUCAUCAAAGUGUCUAUUCCAGACUUGAAGGUUAUGGCGUUUAGCAGUGGACCUGGAGGACAGCUCAUCUGGGAGCAUAAGUUCUGCACACCCAUUGCCUCAGCCUGGUUGGUUAAAGAAGGAAAGGUGACCCCUAUCAGUCUGUUUGAUGACACCUCUUACACCGUCCAGCCAGAGAAUGAGAUUCAUGAGGAGGAUGAUGACCUGGUGGAGGAGGCACGUGGAGCCACAGAGUCGAGUAUUUACCUAGGGAUGUUUCAAGGUCAGCUGUAUUUACAGUCAUCGGUUCGAAUGACCGAGAAGUUUCCAUCUAAGCCCAAAGCCCUGGAAAGCCACCACUCUAGCAGAGACAUCAUUCCUCCUCCCACUGUCAAAUGGAAGCCUCUUAUCCACUCUCCUUCACGCACUCCGGCGCUCGUGGGGACAAAGGAGUUUGACAAGUGCUUGAACAACGACAAACAUUCCUAUGAGGAAUACAGCAAUGGUGCUCUGUCUAUACUGCAGUAUCCUCAUGAUAAUGGGUACUACUUCCCAUACAGUACACGCUACCGUGGUCGGCGUGAGGUGACGGCAGUGAGCGUAUUGCAUACCAGUGAGGCUGGAGGGAUGAGGAGGAAGGACCCAGUGCUACUUCUGCCAUGGUGGAAAGAGAUCUUGGGCACCAUCAUCUUUUGCAUUGCCGCUACCACAUACAUCGUUCGCAAGUUCUUCCACCCACACGCAACGUACAUACGGCAGCGGAAGGAGUCUGAGACACAGUGUCAGACAGACACCAAGUAUGAGCUGGACGUCAGUGAACCCAGGGAGGCGGUAACAGACACACGGCCCAGUGAAUAUGUGUCCAGGUACCUGACAGACUUUGAACCAGUGCAGUGUUUAGGGAGAGGUGGCUUUGGAGUUGUGUUUGAGGCACGGAACAAAGUAGACGACUGCAAUUACGCCAUCAAGAGGAUCCGCUUACCCAACAGGGAAGUGGCCCGUGAAAAGGUGAUGCGGGAGGUUAAGGCCUUGGCUAAACUGGAGCAUCCUGGUAUCAUCCGUUACUUCAACGCUUGGCAGGAGAGCCCACCUCAGGGCUGGCAGGAGGAAAUGGAUCGACGCUGGCUUAAAGAUGCCAGUGCUACUGAUUGGCUGCUCAGCUCUCCAGAUGGAGGCAUGGAGGCUUUUUCUGUGAAGGUGCCCGUCUCCACUCCCUCUCCUCUGGAUUUGCAGUGCAAGUGUGAGUCUGGUAGCAACGUUGGUGUGCUUGCUGAGGAUCACGUGUGUGUGGAAGGCUUAGGGCUGGACAGCAUGAUGUCGGAUCAGGACAGUCAGGCCGAUGUUGAGCCCAACACGGAACUCUCGGGAUCGCCGCAUUCUUUCGAGCUCUGUCCUCCCCGCACAGUGGCCCAUAACGACUGCACUUCUUCCUCAUUUGACAUAAUUUUUGAAGACUCUGGGUGCGAUCAGCAUGACAACGACGCAGAGCUCAGCCUAUCCACACCAGUUCCCUCUCAGUCGAGUUCCAGAUCUCACCCCACUGCUUCCUCAGGCCCGUUCUCUUUCUCUCCCCCCCGGCCAACGUCUCUGAAACUGCCAUCCCAAGCUCCCACUGCUGCUCCACGGCUUGCCCAGACACCCAAAGUCUACCUGUACAUCCAGAUGCAGCUGUGCAGGAAGGAGAACCUGAAGGACUGGAUGGCGCAGCGCUCUCAGCCUGAGCUCAGAGAGCACUCGCAGUGUCUCGGCAUCUUUUUGCAGAUCGCAGAAGCUGUCGACUUCAUCCACAGCAAGGGGCUAAUGCAUCGAGAUCUGAAGCCCUCUAAUAUCUUCUUCACACUGGAUGACGUAGUGAAAGUUGGAGACUUUGGGCUGGUGACUGCUAUGGAUCAGGAGGAAGACGACGAUGACGAAAUAAACACCCUCACCCCUAUGCCAGUUUACGCUCGCCACACUGGCCAAGUGGGAACUAAACUCUACAUGAGCCCAGAACAGUUGUCAGGGAACUCGUACUCUCAUAAAGUGGAUAUUUACUCUCUGGGGUUGAUCCUGUUUGAGCUGCUCUGCCCAUUCCGCACACAGAUGGAGAGAGUUAGAACUCUCACCGAGGUCCGGGACCUAAAGUUUCCCAAGUCCUUCAGUAAGAAAAAUGUUCAGGAGGCUCAGAUGGUGCUCUCGAUGCUCUCUCCUGUUCCUGCCGAACGACCCGAAACAUCAGAGAUCACAGAGAUGCCACUGUUUCAGGAGCUCGAAAUGCCGUGCAGAAUCAGACAGCGCUCACGAACGUACAGCUCGUCAUCCACAGGCCGACCGUCACGACAGCUGUCCGGCUCCAGUUAAAACCCACUGAGCUCGCGCCACCCUCUCAGCUCCACAGCUGGAAAUGAACCGAUUUCCUUUUUCUUCCUCACAAUCGAAGCACACACUAUAAUCUCAGUCUCGCUAGAAAACAGGAGGAAUUUUAGCUUUUCAGUCAUUCCAUCUCGAGCACAAACCCACACGCAGACGCCUGGCUGCAGUGCCUCUGCCUCUUGCCUCACCUGCCUCACUGCAUUGACUUUUCCUCACUAUCCAGGUCAGCCUCAUGGCCUUCUCCCAUCCUUUACACACUGAAGACUUUCACUCAGGAGAGAAGAUGCUAACCAAACUGCUCGAGUCGUCGCGGAUCAGCUCAGAUUCUGAUGGACACGUUAUCAUCUUUACCUCAGUUGCUCUUCCAUAGUGCAUACACACACACACACACACACACACACACACACACACAUGGAUUUGUCAUUGUGGUAAUGAAACAUUUUACAGUGCUGAAUGAAGGAUUUAAUGAGCUGCUUCGGAACGCUGGUCGCUCACCUUUUUGUUUUUAAUAGGAAGUAGCACAGGACUGGCUUCCUACAAACUACAUUAUUUGUAAGAAUCUGUCAGUUUUCUCAUUUCUAUUGUAAAUAGACCUUAACUCCGAAAGAGUGUGAGAAACUUGUUAAUGGUGCAUGAUGGAAACUGAAGACAUGGUUUUUUUGGGCACAGUAGCCUUCUGGCACAUGGGGACUGUGUAUCUGCCUUAGUAACAGAGUAGUAGACAAUUCUGCCAACUUCUUAAUUGUGCUGAUGAAGUAUGCGAAUAUUGUGUGAUUGAUUGAUUGAUUGCUUUCUGACAGAAUGCUUAGAAUCAAAGAGAGAUUUUUUUGAAGCUAUACGUGUAAAGAUGAUGGUGUAUAAUUCUUUUCAUCAAUACCAAAACGGGUUUUGUACUCCCUGAAAAUGAAUUUCAUACAGACAUCCAGCUGACCGGAAACUUCAUCCAUACUUGUACCACUUAUAGGUUUGUUUCCAUAAAGGAUAACAGAUGGGUGGGAAUGAUAUUUUUGGCACACAGUGCUGUUUUCCUCUGAUUGUUUGUGUACACAUUGUCCCUUAACAUUUAAAUGUGAUAAAAUCUCCAGAUGCAAGCUUAGACUUUUAGAGUAUGGAGGUAGAAUGAUGCUUGAUAUGUGAGUAGUCUGUUUGUUGUCUGUAGGAGCUGUGUGUGUGUGUGAGAGAGAGAGGGUGGGUGGGUGUGUGUGUGUGUGUGAGUGAGAGAGAGAGAGAGAGAGAGAGAGAGAGAGGGUGGUUGUGUGUGUGUGUGUGUGUGUGUGUGUGUGUGUGUGUGUGUGUGUGUGUGAGAGAGAGAGGGUGGUUGUGUGUGUGUGUGAGUGAGAGAGAGAGAGAGGGUGGGUGUGUGUGUGUGUGUGUGAGAGAGAGAGAGGGUGGUUGUGUGUGUGUGUGUGAGAGAGGGUGGUUGUGUGUGUGUGUGUGUGUGUGUGUGUGUGUGUGUGUGAGAGAGAGAGAGAGAGAGAGAGAGGGUGAGUGUGUGUGUGUGUGAGAGAGAGAGAGGGUGGUUGUGUGUGUGUGUGUGUGAGAGAGAGAGAGGGUGAGUGUGUGUGUGUGCAGCUCUCUAGUGCAGAAAGGACAUUUCUUCUUAAUCAUACAUACAGACCUUUAGCAAGACCUUCAGGACAUGCCUCACCUUCCACCCCUAUUAUAAAUCUUUUGGGUUUCAUUUUGAGCUUUAUCUCAGCUACCCUGUUUAUUUUAUUUAUUUACUUUUUUUUCCCCAUCAGCAUGCCACUGGAAGACGAUGAAGCCUUUUAGUUUUCAGUAUCAGUAUGUGGCCAUAGAACAAGUUUUUAGAACGACUUUUAUAUCGAUUAUUCUGUUCCUCAGUUCCUAUUCUGUUACUCACAACUGUGACUAGUUCAUGCUAAUAACCGCAUUGACCAGGUACAGACUUGAAUUUUGCAUAAAUGUGUCACUGUAAUUCAAUUAUUUCAGUAUACGUCCGUCCGGAUUGAGACGGCGUUGCCUUUAACUGUUCUGACGGUUUUUCCCCUGUAACAGUUCAAAGCUCUGUCAGCUUUCCUGACUUGUCCGUUGUAACCUGGAAUCUUUGGGCACAAUCUAUUUCUCCUUUUGUCCUUGUAAAUAUGUUCUUGUUUUUAUUUAUGUUCUUUGCAGAAUCAAUCCUUUUGGGUUGGUGAUGAUGUAUAAAUGCACUUCAUGCAGUGGAGUGUGUUGAAAUAUUGUGACUUCUUACAAGUCAAAAUUGAAUAAAUAUUCUAUGAACUU